UCGGAGGGCAGAGCCGGCGCGCGCUCCUACGGUGUUGGCAUCGCCGGGCGCGGCCGCGGGGAGCCGGUGGCGAGGGCAGGAGCCCGGGGAAGGCCCCCUCGCUCGCCGGGGUGCCUCGCGGGGACUUCGGGCGGACCCCGGUGUCCCGGGACUUGUGCGCGCAGCCAUGGGCAGCGUCGGGGAGCCUGGCGGGGGGCCGGGCGCGCGCGACGGGCCCGCGCAGCGUGGGGUGCCGCUGCCCACCUUCCGCUGGGACCAGAUCCGCCCGCACAACCUGCCGGGCGACAAGUGGCUGGUCAUCGAGCGCCGCGUCUACGACAUCAGCCGCUGGGCGCAGCGGCACCCGGGGGGCAGCCGCCUCAUCGGCCACCACGGCGCGGAGGACGCCACGGAUGCCUUCCGUGCCUUCCACCAGGACCUCGGCUUUGUGCGCAAGUUCCUGCUGCCCCUGCUGAUCGGAGAGCUGGCCCCUGAGGAGCCGAGCCAGGACGGAGCCCAGAACGCCCAGCUGGUCGAGGACUUCCGAGCCCUGCGCCAGGCAGCCGAGGACAUGCAGCUGUUUGAGGCCCGGCCCGCCUUCUUCGCGCUCCUGCUGGGCCACAUCCUGGCCAUGGAGCUGCUCGCCUGGCUCGUCGUCUACCUCCUGGGCCCCGGCUGGCUGCCCAGCACCCUCACUGCCCUCAUCCUGACCGUCUCCCAGGCCCAGAGCUGGUAUUUGCAGCACGACCUGGGCCACACGUCUGUUUUCCGGAGGCCCCGGUGGAACCACGUGGCCCAGCAGUUUGUGAUGGGGCAGCUGAAGGGCUUCUCCGCCCACUGGUGGAACUUCCGCCACUUCCAGCACCACGCCAAGCCCAACGUCUCCCACAAAGACCCCGACGUGACCUUGGCGCCCAUCUUCCUCUUGGGGGAGUCGUCUGUUGAGUACGGCAGGAAGAAGCGCCGAUACCUGCCCUACAACCACCAGCACCUGUACUUCUUCCUCAUCGGCCCGCCGCUGCUCACGCUGGUGAACUUCGAGGUGGAGAACCUGGCCUACAUGCUGGUGUGCCUGCAGUGGCAGGACCUGCUCUGGGCCGCCAGCUUCUACUGCCGCUUCUUCUGGUCCUACACCCCCUUCUACAGCGUCUCCGGGGCGCUGCUGCUCUUCGUGGCUGUCAGGGUCCUGGAGAGCCACUGGUUCGUGUGGGUCACGCAGAUGAACCACAUCCCCAAGGAGAUCGGCCACGAGAAGCACCGGGACUGGGCCAGCUCGCAGCUGGCGGCCACCUGCAAUGUGGAGUCCUCACGCUUCAUCGACUGGUUCAGCGGGCACCUCAACUUCCAGAUCGAGCACCACCUCUUCCCCACGAUGCCCAGGCACAACUACCACAGGAUCGCGCCGCUGGUCAGGGCGCUGUGCGCCAAGCACGGCCUCACGUACGAGGUGAAGCCCUUCCUCACCGCCCUCGUGGACAUCGUCAGGUCCCUGAAGAAGUCUGGCAACCUCUGGCUGAAAGCCUACCUCCAGCAGUGACGGCGGCACCGGCCGCUCCUCCGCCCCGCCGCCUCCUGGCCCUGCCGCCUUCCCUCCGCCCUAUUGCAACCCUCCGGCCACAGCCCUGGGCCCUACAGGACGGGGGCGAGGGGGGUGGGACAGGAAGCCACAAGGUGAGCAUGACCCGUUUUCCUGGAGCAGAAGUUUAGGCAACCUGUUAUUUUUAUAUAAAGACAAUCCCAGAUCUGAGAUGGAAUAAAGUAUUGAACUUGCA